CAAUCUUGGGGCUUAUUGUAGUAAGGUUAGUGGCAGCAUUUCCAGUAGUACGCCAGCUACACCACGUCUUCAAAGGAUUCCAACGUUUCGUCGGCCGGGCUACCAUCGUUUUACUCUGGAUUUUUUUCAUACUCACUGCUUCUUACCAUCCAGAAGUACGUAUCUCUGUUUUUUCAAAGAGAAGGAGGUGCGCUUUUCCUCUUUUCAUCACUUUCCUCAUAAUCCUGCUAUGGCUGGUCGUGAGGAAAGUUGCAGUGCGAGUCUCUAGACCUGGAUACGACACAGACGAUCACGUUGCAGACUUAUAAAGUUUGCCCUAAUUUUGAGUACGGGUCGGCAAAGACGACGUGGCCAAGCUGUAUUCAGGCCGUAUCUAUCCGUUUCCGUACUAGGCACGCCAGUGUUACCAGGGGAGACGGGCGGUAUGGCAUAUCCAGUGACCUGCUCUAGGGAGAGCUCUGCAAUGGUGCUCGGAAGACAUGUUGUAGAAGAAGCCCGAGAUCUUAGUGGAGAGGCCUUUACUCGUUAUAUGGAUCAACAGUAUGAUAAAAUUUCUACACGAAUGGAAAGCAAUGAUGUUAGUGAAAAUUUGGCGGCUCUAAAAACCAUCGAUGAGUUGAUAGAUGUGAAAUUGGGAGAGAGUGCGUCAAAGGUCUCAAGGUUUUCAAAUAGCAUUCGUUAUUUAUUCGAAGAAAAACAUGACCCUGACGUUUUAAUACUUGGAAGUAAGGUAUUGGGUCAUCUUGCGAGAGCAGGAGGAGCAAUGACUGCGGAUGAAGUUGAACAUCAUGUCAGAAAGGCAUUGGAAUGGCUCAGAGGUGAAAGAGUAGAGCAUCGCCGUCUUGCAGCUGUUCUGAUUUUGAAAGAAAUGGCGGAGAAUGCACCAACAGUCUUUAAUGUACAUGUGCCUGAAUUUGUGGAUGCUGUCUGGGUUGCACUUCGAGAUCCAACAUUGGCUGUUCGUGAACGGGCUGUAGAGGCCUUGCGUGCUUGUCUCUGUGUCAUUGAGAAGCGUGAGACACGUUGGCGUGUACAAUGGUACUAUCGUAUGUUUGAGGCAACACAGGAUGGGCUUGGGAAGAAUGCUAGUGUUCACAGUAUACAUGGGUCACUGCUUGCAGUGGGCGAACUUUUAAGGAAUACAGGAGAGUUUAUGAUGUCAAGGUACAAGGAAGUUGCAGAUAUUGUUUUUAAAUACCGUGAGCACAAGGACAGGCUUGUACGGCGCAGCAUUACAUCAUUGCUACCUAGAAUUGCUCAUUUUCUGCGUGAUCGUUUUGUCACUUCUUAUCUUAAGAUAUGCAUGGAUCAUAUUCUUGCAGUUUUGCGGACUCCAACAGAACGUGCAAGUGGAUUUGUUGCUCUUGGUGAAAUGGCUGAAGCAUUAGAUGGAGAAUUGAUCCAUUAUUUGCCGACAAUAACCUCCCUCAUACGUGAUGCUAUUGCUCCACGCAGAGGCAAGCCCUCAAUGGAAGCCCUGGCAUGUAUAGGGAGUCUUGCGAAAGCUAUGGGGCCUGCUAUGGAAAUUCAUGUUCGAAGCUUAUUGGAUGCCAUGUUUUUUCCUGGUCUGUCACCUACACUGGUUGAAUCACUUGAUCAGAUAGCUUCUAGUUUACCUUCAUUGCUGCCAACAAUACAAGACCGGUUACUUGAUUGCAUAUCUAUAGUGUUGUCCAAAACUUCAUAUCGCACUGUGAGGUCCGGUGGAGCAGUAGUUCGUCCCAGCACUGUUCUCAUUUCUCAACAAAUUUUGGAUGCUAAUGAUCCCACUCUGAUACAGCUUGCAUUGAGAACACUAGCAAACUUCAAUUUCAAGGGUCAUGAACUUCUUGAAUUUGCAAGAGAUGCUGUUGUUAUUUACUUGGAGGAUGAAGAUGGUGCAACACGAAGAGAUGCUGCAAUAUGUUGUUGUAAGCUAGUGGAAAAUUCUUUUUUCUCUAUAUCUGUGCCAUCACAAUUUAGUGCAAAUCGAGUAGGCCGCCCUGGAGGAGCAAGGCGGCGCCUUCUUGUUGAAGAAGUUAUAGAAAAGCUCUUGAUUGCAGCUGUUGCAGAUGCAGAUGUUGGUGUACGCAAGUCAGUUUUUGUUUCUUUGCAUGCUAAUGGUGGCUUUGAUGAGUUUCUGGCACAAGCUGAUAGUUUGCGCGCAAUAUUUAUUGCACUUAAUGAUGAGGCAUUCGAGGUUCGGGAGCUUGCUAUAUCAAUGGCUGGCAGACUAUCUGAGAGAAAUCCAGCUUAUGUGCUACCUGCACUUCGGCGUCAUCUUGUACAACUAUUGACUGACUUGGAACAUAGUACAGAUAGCAAAAGGCGUGAAGAGAGUGCCAAAUUAUUAGGCUGCUUGAUCAGGGCUUGUGAGAGAUUGCUGCUGCCAUAUAUUGCUCCUGUUCACAAGGCUUUGAUUGCAAAACUCUGUGAAGGCCCUGGAGUGAGUGCCAAUAAUGGAGUCAUGACUGGGGUGCUUGCAACUGUAGGGGAGCUUGCUAGGGUGGGUGGCUGUGCAAUGAGGCCUUACCUCCGAGAGUUGAUGCCUUUGAUUGUGGAGGCAUUGCUAGAUGGAGCUGCUGCAGUUAAACGUGAAGUAGCAGUGGCUACACUUGGUCAGGUUGUUCAGAGUACAGGUUAUGUUGUUUCUCCCUAUAUUGACUACCCACCUUUACUAGGUUUACUUCUGAGGUUGUUGAAUGGUGAACUAGCAUGGUCAAUACGAAGGGAGGUUUUGAAGGUUCUUGGGAUCACGGGGGCACUAGAUCCACACACUCACAAGCGGAAUCAACAGUCGUUGCAAGGGAGCCAUGGUGAUGGUGCACGUGCCAUGGUAGAUGGUGGUCAGCAUAUACGGUCAAUGGAGGAUUUGCCAAUGGAUCUCUGGCAAUCAUUUGCUACAUCAGAAGACUAUUUUUCCACGGUAGCUAUCAAUUCACUAAUGAGGAUACUGCGAGAUCCAUCUCUCUCUAGUUACCACAAAAAGGUUGUGGGUUCGCUUAUGUUCAUUUUUAAGUCAAUGGGACUAGCAUCUGUUCCUUAUCUUCCAAAGGUUUUACCUGAUCUUUUCCACAUUGUUCGUACUUGUGAAGAGGGUUUAAAGGAUUUCAUAACAUGGAAGCUAGGUACCUUAGUUUCUAUUGUACGCCAACAUAUACGCAAAUAUUUACCGGAAUUACUUACACUUAUAUCGGAAUUUUGGUCUUCAUUUAGUUUGACAGGCACCACCAGUCACCCGUCUGCAAUCCUACAUUUAAUGGAGCAGCUUUGCUUGGCUCUGAAUGAUGAGUUUCAAGCAUACCUACCAGAGAUUUUGCCUUGCUGUAUCCAGGUUCUAACCGAUGCUGAACGCUGUGUGAACUACAGCUAUCUGCCUGCUAUUCUUCAUACCCUUGAAAUAUUUGGCAGUACAUUAGAUGAACAAAUGCACUUGCUUCUUCCUGCUCUUAUUCGGAUAUUUAGGCCAGACAAUUCAAAUGUGCCUGUAGAGAUCAGACGUGCUGCUAUGAAAACACUUACAAAGUUAAUCCCCCGUGUCCAGGUAUCAGGUCAUAUAUCGGCAUUGAUACAACCCUUAAAGCUUGUUCUUGAUGGGAAAAUAGAUGAACUUAGAAAGGAAGCUGUUGAUUCUAUUUGUGUAUUAGCACAAGCAUUGGGGGAUGACUUUGCUAUUUUUAUUUCAUCUAUUCGCAAACAGCUACAGCGGCAUCGCUUGCAGCACAAAGAUUUUGAUGAAAUUGAAGCACGGCUUCUUAGACGAGAUCCAAUUAUUUUGGAGACCAGCAGCGCCUAUAAAGUAACACGUCCACUGCCUGGUGAUGUUAUUAGUGAUCCGUUGAAUGAUAUGGAAAAUGACCAUUUUGAUGAGGGUACUGAGAUUCAAAGGCAGGCAAGAAACUACAAGGUCAAUGAUGGUCGAUUACGAACAGCCUGGGAGGCUUCUCAACGAAGUACCAAGGAAGAUUGGGCUGAGUGGAUGCGCCAUUUUAGCAUUGAACUUCUGAAGGAAUCUCCAUCUCCAGCUUUACGUACUUGUGCCCGAUUAGCACAGUUGCAGCCAUCUGUUUGUAGAGAAUUAUUUGCAGCAGGUUUUGUGAGUUGCUGGGCACAACUAAAUGAAGCCUAUCAACAACAACUUGUUCGAAGUCUUGAGAUGGCAUUUUCAUCUCCAAAUAUUCCUCCUGAGAUCCUUGCUACACUCCUUAACUUGGCAGAAUUUAUGGAACAUGAUGAGAAGCCUCUUCCCAUAGACAUUCGACUUCUUGGUGCACUUGCUGAGAAGUGUCGGGCAUUUGCAAAAGCUCUGCAUUAUAAAGAAAUGGAAUUUGAAGGUGCACAAACUAAAAAGAUGGAGGCUAAUCCUGUAGGGGUUGUUGAGGCCUUAAUACACAUUAACAAUCAGUUACACCAGCAUGAGGCUGCUGUUGGGAUAUUAACCUAUGCUCAACUAAAUUUGGCCGUUCAAUUAAAGGAAUCAUGGUAUGAGAAGUUACAGCGAUGGGAUGAAGCACUUUCUGCGUACACGUUAAAGGCAUCUCAAGCAACAAGCCCCCAUCUUGUAUUAGAGGCAACUUUAGGCCGAAUGCGUUGCCUUGCUGCGUUGGCCCGAUGGGAAGAACUGAGCAACCUUUGUAAAGAGUUUUGGACUCCAGCAGAACCAGCUGCAAGAUUGGAAAUGGCCCCAAUAGCUGCUAAUGCUGCGUGGAACAUGGGAGAAUGGGAUCAGAUGGCAGAGUAUGUUUCUCGUUUAGAUGAUGGCGAUGAAACAAAACUUCGAAUGCUAGGAAAUACUGGUGGCAGUGGUGAUGGAAGUAGUAAUGGAGCAUUCUUUAGAGCAGUUCUGUUUGUUCGUCGUGGAAAGUAUGGUGAAGCACGGGAAUAUGUGGAGCGGGCAAGGAAGUGUUUAGCUACUGAACUUGCUGCUUUGGUACUUGAAAGCUAUGAUCGUGCUUACAGUACAAUGGUUCGCGUACAACAACUAGCAGAGCUAGAAGAGGUGAUAGAUUACUACACUUUACCCGUGGGAAAUGCUGCCACAGAAGGGCGUAGAGCUUUGGUCCGUAAAAUGUGGAUAGAUCGGAUACAGGGAACUAAACGAAAUGUCGAGGUUUGGCAGUCAUUACUUGUCGUGCGUGCAUUAGUCUUACCACCAACAGAGGAUGCAGACACAUGGUUGAAAUUUGCUUCCCUUUGCUGUAAAAAUGGUCAAAUCAGCCAGGCUCGUUCCACUUUAGUGAAACUGUUACAGUACGAUCCAGAAUUAAGUCCCGAAAGGUCUAUGCUAUCUGGUCCACCUCAAGUCAGAUUAGCAUAUUUGAAGUAUCUGUGGUCUCUUGGAGAAGAUGUUAAACAGAAGGAGGCAUUUCAUCGAUUGCAGGAAUUAACGGUUGAGCUUGCUGGUCUCGCGCAAGCAUUGGGGACCACACAUGUGUAUCCUCUAACAACAGCGGGAUCAAUUGUUUCUUCAAAUGCAAAUGUGUCUCUUCUUGCUCGAACAUAUUUAAAACUUGGGGCAUGGCGAUGGGCACUAUACCCUGGAUUGGAUGAGGACUCCAUGCACGAUAUUCUUAUUGCAUUCAAAAAUGCCACAGAAUGUGCCAGAAAUUGGUCAAAGGCAUGGCAUAAGUGGGCACUGUUUAACACUGCUGUGAUGUCCCAUUUUACACUACGAGGUGUUCCUGCUGCGGCCAGUCAACAUGUUGUUGCAGCUGUAACGGGUUAUUUCCGUUCAAUAGCAUAUGCUGCAAAUACAAAAGGGGGGGAUGAUAGUUUGCAGGAUAUUCUUCGGCUACUUACUUUAUGGUUCAACCAUGGAGCUACCACUGAAGUGCAGGAAGCAUUAGAUGAUGGGUUUAACUAUGUGAAUAUUGAUACCUGGUUGGUAGUUUUGCCUCAAAUAAUUGCAAGAAUCCAUUCAAACACCCCUGCUGUGAGAAAACUUAUCCAGUCACUUUUGGUGCGAAUUGGGAGAGGGCAUCCACAGGCUCUUAUGUAUCCAUUAUUGGUUGCAUGCAAAUCUAUAAGCACGCUGCGUAGAGAGGCUGCUCAAGAAGUUGUUGAUAAAGUGCGACAACAUAGUGGUGUUCUGGUUGAUCAGGCUGAGUUAGUUUCAAAGGAACUGAUUAGGGUAGCGAUAUUGUGGCAUGAAAUGUGGCAUGAAGCAUUGGAAGAGGCUAGUCGUUUGUAUUUCGGUGAGCAUAAUAUUGAGGGAAUGCUAAAUGUGCUUGAACCCCUACAUGCAAUGCUAGAGCAAGGACCAACUACGUUGAAGGAGAUAUCUUUUGUUCAGGCAUAUGGUCGGGAAUUGCAGGAGGCUCACGAUUGUUGUUUGAAGUACCGAAAAACUGGAAAAGAAGCUGAACUCACUCAGUAUGUUUCCCCAGAAUUACUCUCUGCUCGUAAGCUGGAACUAGCAGUUCCUGGAACAUAUCGUGCUGGGUUUCCAGUAGUGACUAUAGCAGGUUUUGCACCACAGCUAGUUGUCAUAACAUCAAAGCAACGCCCACGAAGGUUGACUAUUCAUGGAAGUGAUGGUAAUGAUUAUGCUUUUUUGCUUAAGGGUCAUGAAGACUUGCGGCAAGAUGAGCGUGUCAUGCAGUUGUUCGGACUUGUCAAUACCUUGUUGGCAAAUUCAAGGCAAACUGCAGAGAAAGAUCUCUCUAUUGAACGCUAUGAUGUGAUACCAUUGUCUCCAAAUAGUGGACUAAUAGGCUGGGUUUCCAAUUGUGAUACCCUCCAUCAUCUCAUUCGUGAAUAUAGAGAAGCAAGGAAGAUAUUUGUGAAUUUGGAACAUCGCCUGAUGCUAGCCUUUGCUCCGGAUUAUGAGCAUCUACCAUUAAUAGCAAAGGUUGAAGUCUUUGAGCAUGCACUUCAGAACACAGAAGGCAAUGAUUUGGCUAAGGUCCUCUGGUUAAAAAGCAGAACUUCUGAAGUUUGGCUUGAUCGUCGAACAAAUUAUACUCGCAGCUUGGCUGUUAUGAGUAUGGUGGGCUAUCUUUUGGGUUUAGGUGAUCGACAUCCUAGCAAUCUUAUGUUGCAUCGCCUCAGUGGAAAAAUUAUACAUAUUGAUUUUGGAGAUUGCUUUGAAGCUUCCAUGAAUCGAGAAAAAUUUCCAGAAAAGGUGCCGUUCAGGUUAACUAGAAUGCUUGUCAAAGCUAUGGGGGUCAGCGGCAUUGAAGGAAAUUUUAUAUCAACUUGCAAAAAUGUUAUGCAGGUCCUUAGGUCAAAUAAGGACAGUGUUAUGGCAAUGAUGGAGGCUUUUGUCCAUGAUCCUUUGAUAAACUGGAGACUAUUUAACAUCAAUGAAGUUCCUCACAUGUCAAAUCUUGCCAGCACACAUGCUCAACCAGUAGUAAAUAGUGAGGAGUCAAUGCCAGCGCCACCCCAUAUGCAUCAGCGAGGAGCUCGUGAAAGGGAACUUUUAGAGGCAGUAAACCACUUAGGUGAUGCAAAUGAAGUUCUGAAUGAACGAGCUGUGGUAGUUAUGACUCGUAUGAGAAACAAGCUUACUGGACGGGAUUUCCCAUCUGGUACAACUGGGUCUGUCCCAAUCAAUGCAGCCUUAUAUUCAGUUGAUCGGAGUGGUCUUGGUAUUGGAGAUACACGUGAAGCGGAGCCUGGAUUGACAGUUAAAUUCCAAGUUCAGAAGCUAAUUGCACAAGCAACAUUGCAUGAAAAUUUGUGUCAGAGUUAUAUUGGUUGGUGCCCUUUCUGGUGAUCUCAUGGAAAAAAAUUGUAUCAAUUUGUCCAUAUUCCUCAUUAUUUAGUGCAAGCAAAUCAUCAAAGUUGCUGUGGUCUUCAUGCAAGUAAAGAUGGCCUAUAAAAUGGAUGCACUCUUUGUAGGUACGAGGCUCACUAUGACAUGAAAUUCAGAUCUAGAGUCUUGUCAAAUAUAUAUUCAGGCGUGCUCUUCAAACUAUAGUCUUGCCUGCAUAUGCUUGGUGCAUUUAAAAGGGAAUGUGUACAAAAUCUGCAUUUGUAUUUUACAGAGGGGGUUGUAUAUUAUGUAAAGCCUAUCUACUUAACUUAGUGUCCACAAGAUGCCAAUUGGCAUGGCCCCUUUCUGUUAGAAUAUGUAACAUAUUUUCUCUUUUUGUAUACAAGGUUGUUGAAAAAUAAAUGAUGAUAAUGGUUGUUUGUGCAUUUGAUACUUCCUAUGGUCAUUUCUAACUUACCAAUGAAACUUCAUUUCUUGUCACUUGAAAUGAAAGAGAAUUUAUUUUGUA